UUUAGAUUCCACUUCCUGGUUGUGGUGGCAGCUGUCAUGGCGGCUUCCGUGAAGUUGAGUGGCUUGAGGGACCCGAGUACCUUGUUUGAGGCACAUAGCGCCGACGAGAUUCGUGCGAUCGAACGCAAGGUGCGGGGAGAAAUCGAACAGAAAAAGGAGGAGUUGCGUCAGAUGGUGGGGGAGCGUUACAGGGACUUGAUUGAAGCGGCUGACACUAUUUGGGAGAUGAGCCGCAGCGCCGAGCGGGUUGUGGGAGCAGUGCGGGACAUGGAGCAGUACUGUGGGUCACUACGGAGCAAGCAAGGUCCAGUAACAGUGUCGCGGGACCACAGUACUUUCAAGUCCCAGGAGACGUUUUAUAGUAUGGCUGCUCAGAUCAAGCUCUUACUGGAGAUUCCAGAAAAGAUUUGGAGUGCGAUGGAAGCCUCUCAAUACCUGCACGCUACCCAGCUAUACCUGCUUUGCUGUCACCUGCAUUCCCUUCUGCGGCUGGACACCUCCAGUUCACAUUAUAGCCCAAUCCUGACUCGCUUCCCCAUCCUUAUCCGGCAGGUGGCUGCAGCCGGGAACUUCCGCUCCACCAUACUGCAGGAAAGCAAGUCCCUCUUGAAAUGUCCGUCUGCCUCCGAUCAGGCAGUGGCCGAGGCCCUUUGCUCUAUUAUGCUCCUUGAGGACAGUUCCCCACGCCAAGCACUUGCAGAUUUCUUGCUUGCCAGGAAAUCUGGGAUCCAACAGCUCCUGAACCAGCCACACCACGGUUCAGGAAUAAAAGCACAAGUGUGCUCAUUGGUAGAGCUGCUAGCCAACACUCUGUACCAAGCACAUGCCCUCUUCUACACCCAGCCAGACGGGAAACCAACUGAUCAGACACUCACAUGUGGGCUCUUGUUUUCCAUGUUAGAGUGUGUAACCAUCCAACAAGCAGGAGGGAAGGGUAUUAAAGUCCUUAAAGAGGAAAUAAAAUCUGUCAGCUGGUUUAAGCAUCUAACACCAUCCAUUGUAGACUUCCAGCCAACCCUUAGGACACUUGCUCACCCCAUAAGCCAGGAUUACUUGCAGGAAACUCUCCAGCAAUGGAUCAACAUGUGCAACGAAGAUAUAAAGUCUGGCAUGUCUGGCUUACUGGUAUACAUAAAAAGUCUGAAGGGUCUGGCCAGUAUUAGAGAUGCAGUGUGGGAACUACUCACAAGUGAGUCAAUGAGCCAAAACUGGGACACGGUUUGUCAUAGGCUACUGGACAAGCCUAUACGGUUCUGGGAAGAUCUUCUUCAACAGUUGUUCUUGGACAGGCUGCAGACCUUAACAAAGGAAGGGUUUGAAUCAAUAUCCAGCAGCUCUGUGCAGCUGCUACUAUGCUCACUACAGGAGCUGCAGGGGAAUCCAGAAACCUUAAAACCAAUCCAUCACGAGAGCAACAUUUGUUCCUUUCUGUGGUCUGAGAACCAGAAUGAUCUUCCCCCUGAUGCAGCCUGGGUGAGUGUGGGAAGCCGCGGGAUGAAUCGUAGGAGUGGCCUGGCACUGAAAGCACAAGCGGUUACUCCCUGCAUCCAGAGCUUCUGUGCAGCAUUGGACUCCAAGCUAAAGGUGAAACUGGAUGACCUUGCUACAUAUCUACCAAAGGAGACACAUGCCACAGAGCUGCACAGUGAGGCCUUUAGCUCGGUUCCAAAGCUUUCAGCCUUUGAUAGGUAUGGAGAUACAAGCACUGUGCAGGAGAUGCUCCGUGACCACUGUUUGGCUUGUAUGGCGGAUAUUGAGGACUCCGUAAGCAAGGAACUCCAGAAAAUGUCCAAGCUUGAACUGGAUGAACACAACAAUUCUCUGCUUAGCAGCAAACGUUUUGUAGUCCUUUUCCUGGCCAGGCUCUGCCAAUCUCUAGGAGAGUUGUGCCCUCACUUGAAGCAGUGCAUCCUGGGUAAAACGAGCACACAAGAGCAGACUAUCAGAGAACCUAGAUCGUCAAAGAAAGUAGGAAAAGGGAAGACGACAGAUCCACCUCCAGCACCUUGCAAAUGGCAAGAACUUAAGGACAAAUUGAUGCAGCUAUCUCUGCAGGCUUACAGCAUCUGGAGCUCUUCUGUAGUUAAAUCUCUAAUUAUCACAUUCACAAAGACUUUGCUAGUUAAUAUACCUGGAUCAGCACUAGCUACUGCUACUCACUGGGAUGAAAUAGAGAUUCAGGAAGAGACUGAAGCAGGAACCAGUGUGACCUCAAAAAUCCGGCUGCCUGGACAGUGUUCAUGGUAUGUCCAGUCGCUCUUGUUCAGCCUCUGCCAAGCAGUGAACAGCAUAGGAGGGCAUGCUUUACCCAAAGUGACCCUACAGGAACUACUAAAGAGCUGUCUGCAGGAAGUGGUCAUUGCUUAUGAGAAGCUAUCUAAGGAAGUUCUGGGCAUGAAACUAUCCUCAUCCCUAACACAGACCAGGGCUCUGCAGCUUCUCUUUGACCUUAGAUACUUGAACCUUAUUCUUGGUGCACGUAACGAGGAUGGGAAGAGUAGCAAGGCCAAACAGGACUCCAGAGUUCAGAAAGUUGCAGACCAGCUUGAAAGCUGCAUUGAUCCAUUUGACCUUGAUGUCUUCACCCCGCACUUGAAUGCAAACCUGAAUCGGUUGGCUCAGAGAACCUCUGUUUUGUUCGGUUUGCUGACAGGCACAGAAAAUCAGUUCAUGGGUAGGAGUUCUUCAAUGGGACUGCAGGAAACUCAUAACGUCCUACCUCUUGCCUCCAGCCAGAUACGGUUUGGGUUGCUCCCUCUCAGCAUGUCCAGUACGCAUAGCACAAAGUUAACUAACAGAACUACAGAAGACCUGAAAAUGCCACCUUUAUCCAGAGAUGUCCUACUGUAACGUCACCAGUUUUCCUCAUUUGGGUAUUACAGUUUUGGUGUGAUGUGCACCUCCAAUGAACUCCCAAUCUGAAGAGGAAGUGUUCAGACCAGGAUCCUUGUUUAGACAGCUGGCCACACAAGACGACGACACACCUGCACCAUCUCUUUUCAAACUGGGCUGGCUCUCCAGCAUGACCAAAUGACAAGGACAUUAAAACAAGACAUACAUAUGCAUACACUGACAAUUGUACUUUUUUUUGGAGCAAAUGAAAAAUUUUAUUGUGCAAUAAAUUCCAGUUUCUGUUGUC